AUGCUUCAGUCCGGCCUCCAAUUUGCUGCUGCGCGGCAGAGCGCUUUGCGCAUGGCUCUGAGCCGAUCGCUCCCACGAACAUAUGCAACUAUCAGACGUUCUAACGAGACCACCGCCAGCCCGAAAGAACUCGCUGAGAAUCCCGAGAGUCAAUCUGCUAUCUUGCGAGUCUAUAAACCCCGAACGCCUGGCGUGAGACAUCUCAAGCGACCUAUCAACGAUCAUCUCUGGAAAGGACGACCUUUCCUUCCCUUAACAUUCCCUAAGAAGGGCCAAGCAAAGGGUGGCCGAAAUGUGUCUGGUAGGAUCACCGUGCGACACCGAGGUGGCGGUGCGAAGAGAAGAAUAAGAACGGUUGACUUCAUCCGCAACCGACCAGGACCUCACCUGGUGGAACGCAUUGAAUACGACCCAGGACGGAGUGCGCACAUUGCUCUCGUCACUGAGAAGGCUACCGGACGUCACACUUACAUUCUUGCCGCUGACGGGUUGAGGUCUGGGGAUAUUGUGCACAGCUACCGUGCCGGUAUUCCUCAAGAUCUACUUGACAGCAUGGGUGGUAUUAUUGAUCCGGGUAUUCUAGCUGCGAAGACUGCCUUCCGUGGUAAUUGUCUACCUAUGCACAUGAUUCCUGUCGGUACCACAGUCUUUGCUGUGGGAUCUGCAGCUAGACGUGGCGCCGUGUUUUGUCGUAGUGCUGGCACCUCAGCUGUGGUUGUCAACAAGAACGAGGAGACGAAAGACGACGGUACCAGGGUCAUGACUGGCAAGUACGUUGAGGUUAGACUUCAGAGCGGUGAAGUUCGACGAGUUAGCAAGGACGCUUGUGCGACCAUUGGCGUGGCUAGCAACAUUCACCACCACUACCGCCAGCUGGGCAAGGCUGGACGAAGCCGGUGGCUCAACAUUCGACCUACAGUCCGUGGUGUUGCCAUGAACAAAGUCGACCAUCCUCACGGUGGUGGUAGAGGUAAAUCGAAGGGUAAUCGUCACCCUGUCUCUCCUUGGGGUGUUCCUACCAAGAGUGGUUACAAGACCCGACGCAAGCACAACAGGAACAAGUGGGUUGUGGUACCUCGACCUCGAAACAACGGAAAGCGCCGAGACAAGGCCAAUUAA